GUAAUAACUUCGAAAGAUUGUCAACUUCUACCACUUUUGUUUAUUGACAAACUGCAUCCGCAAUUAGGAUGGAGAACACCGCAAAGUCAAAGUGUGGACAGAAAACAAGAACGAAAACAGGUUGUCGAACAUGCCGUAUCAGACGGGUCAAAUGCGACGAGACGCCUGGCGCAUGUCUAAAAUGCACCUCUACUGGCCGCAAAUGUGAAAGCUACGACCUCAACCGACUUCCAGCUCGUCGAGGAGGAAGUACCUCUGUGCUAGUCAACCGAUACCGGCCGCGCUCAAAUUGGGCCGGGAAAACAUCAGAUGAAAGGCGAUGUUUAUCCUAUUUUCAGUCACUGACUGUCCCCAUGAUGAAUUACUGGUUUGACCACUCCCUCUGGGAUAGAUUAAUUCUUCAGUUGGUUCAAGCCGAGCCGGCGGUUUGUCAUGCCGUCGUCGCUUUCAGCGCUUUGCAUGAAGCAGCCGAGAAUGCAAAUGGGGGAGGUAGAAGAGAUACGCCGAUUGUGCUGCUAGAAGAUAUGACGAAUCGCCACCAACGAUUUGCUCUGGAGCAGUAUAAUCGGUCAAUUAGUCAUCUUAAUUCGCGCAUUCGAUCGAAUGACCCAGCUGUCAAGAAUACGGCGUUGAUCUGCUGUUUUUUGUACAUUUUCUUCGAGCUUUUCCGAGGGAAAUAUGAUCGAGCAUUCAAUCAUCUCAAGAAGGGAGUUAAUAUUUUAAAAGAACAUCAGUCUGCUCCUCCGUAUGCACCUCGCAGUUCGUCGGACCGACCAAUAGAAGACUCGCUGGCUGCCGCUAUAAUGCAUCUAGAUCUACAAGGAUCGCAUUUUGGGGUCUCUCAAAUCCAUGAUCGUUGGGAGUUAUACAAAUUAACGGCAGAACAGGAACAACACGAUUAUGGUUGGGGCAGUCAAAUUGAUUUCGAUACCUUUACAGAGGCUUGGAUUAUGCGAGACAAGCUCUUUCAUGACUUUUGUGUAUAUGGCACUAUCUGCGAGAAACUGACCACAGAGGAUAUCAAAGAAAAUUAUACAUUACUUUUUGCAAAGCAAAAAAGACAGCAAAUCCGACUUGCACAAUUCGAACAGGCACUAGAUAGACUCCAAGCGACAACGCAACUUCACGGUUCUAUUACAAAAAAGAAUCAACGAGCUCUCGACCUCAUCCGCUUCCACCAUUUCGCAGUUUCAACCGUCACAGACACGCUUCUCAUCAAAUCACCGAAAUUAAUACUCGAAAAACAGAGGGAAAGGUUUUCACGAGUUGUGGAUUUGGCUGAGCAGAUUGUGGCCGAUUUUCGGGAAGAUAGUCGUGAUGACGAGAAUGAUGGUAACAGUCCACAAUACCGCCCCCGAUUCCUGAUGGAUAUAGGAAUUAUUACUCCUUUGUACUUUGCGAGCGAGAGAUCUGGAGACCCAUUGGUUACGAAGAGGGCAAUGAAAGUGCUUCAGUCCUGGCCACAUCGAGAGGGCUUGUGGGAUUCGGAACUUGCCUUAACUUUGGUUCGUGGAAUGGAUCAGGCGUAGCGUAUUUGCUGGCCCUAAAUUCCUUGAACAUUCAAUAUUUACCCCCUUUUCUUAGAAAAUAUAGUCUAAAAAUGACAUAUAAUAUAUUCUUAGCUUUAUUAAUAACUAUCAAUAAUUAUUU